AUGGAAGACUGGAGAAUUGAGAACAAUGGUCUGCCCAUAUGCAGAUAUGGAUAUACAUCUGACAGGAGAAGACAGUUCUGCAGUGGAGAAGAGGCUUUUAAAAUUAGAUUUGGUGGACCAAGGAUUGUCUGGCUGUUGCCAGGGUUUUUUAAAGCCAGGUGGUGGGAUGUUAAUGACACUGACUGUUCUGGUAAUGAAAUAUUGUCAGUCCUUGGCAACUAUUUCGCUGUUGAGGUUUUUUCAAAACCUGACCUCCAUGAACAAGAUGACAACGGCCUCACACUACAACAGUUCAUGGAUGACUACAAUAAGAAGGUCAACUACACUGAACCUCCUGGUUAUGAAUGGGCACAAACUGGUUAUGACACAUUAUGGGCUAUUGCCCGGGCACUCAAUGCUACCAUGGCUGAUCUUGAAAAUACAGAAUUUGGACUUGAAGAUUUCUCUUACACUAAUAAGGAUAUUGGCGAUUUAAUCAAGAACAACAUGGGCAAGGUCGACUUCAGUUCAAUAACUGGCCAUGUGUCAUUUUAUCCAAAUGGUGACAGCACAAAAGUAAUGAAGAUUGAGCAAUUGCAAGAUAAAAAAAUGGUGAUAGUUGGUAGGUACAAUCCACUCGAAACUGUACCUAAUAGGUUGCAUUGGAUAAAAUCUGUACCUGUGAUAUGGCCAAACGGAGUAGUACCAAGAGAUUCUGUAAAAACAGUUUACAAAUCAAUUCAAGUGUCACCUCCAGUGUACAUCAGCAUGUGUGUCCUAGCCGCAUUUGGAAUUCUCCUAGACAUAAUUUUUCUGACUUGUAACAUCAAAUAUAGAAAAACAAGGAUCAUUAAAAUGUCAUCACCUGACAUCAACAAUAUAAUUUUGUUGGGCUGCAUUGUAGUGUACUCUUUUGUGUUUUUUUAUGGACACAAUAUCGAGAAAACACCAGUACUAUGUAAGGGCCUGAAUCAGUUCCUGUUGGUUGGCUGGAGGGUGUGGUCGUUGUCGAACACGGCAAUCCAAAACAUCCCAGAGGUGUUCUAUGGGGGACAUGUCUGGGGAGCGUGCAGGCCACGGCAAUACGUUUACGUUGUUGGCUCUAAGGAAGUUCUGUACGAUUCUGGCUGUAUGAGGUCUGGCGUUGUCUUGCUGAAAAAUGACACCACAUGGCUGCCGUUGGAGAAAUGGUAUUGCAGUUGGACGAAGAAUGUCAUCCCUGUAACGUUGAGCUGUCAAGUUUCCGUGAACGAUGACCAAUGGUGUCCUUUCCUGUGCACAGAUACCUCCCCACACCAUGACACUCCCUCCACCAUAUGGCACGACCUCCUGAACGCAAGAAGCCGCCACUCGUUCUCCCCUACGGCGGUACACACGCUAUCUUCCAUCAACUCUGAACAAACAGAACCGGCUUUCAUCAGUGAAAAGAACCCACAGCCAAUCACGUCGCUGCCAACGUCGUACAGUCCUAGCCCAUGUCAAUCUCAAAAGACGAUGUUGUGGUGUCAGUAA